CAGUGUGUCGAAACCGUUAUCCGCGCCGCCGCCAUUACCCGUUUCAUGCAAAUCUAAAUCAAAACGAUCAGUGUCGUCGUCUGUGCUGGCACAAAGAAAGAGGUUACAAUUAGAGGCUGAAAGAAAAAAGGCUGAAAUUAGGAUGCAACUAAUAGAUAAGGAGCUAGAGGCCGACCUAGCCGAUUUAGAAGAUGGUAAUAUAUACAGUUCACAAGCUAGCGAGGAUGGUACACGUCCUGAUGUGGAACAGUGGAUGGAACACAGCGAAAAAGAGCUGGAGAAGUCGCAGCCCGCCCCCGUAGAUGGUCUAGAAACGGGCGACCUGCACCAGUCGGCGGCACCCGUCGCCGGCUCUGAUGGGACAAUCCAGCUACUGGCCGCUGCCGUGAAGAACCUGACGGUUGCCUCCGUCCACAAUAAACCAAACGCCAACUUACUGAGCCGUAUUUGUACGCCGCGGGAUUUACCUGAAUAUUCUGGAGAUCCACUCGAGUGGCUGCAUUUUAAGAAGGCGUACGAAGAGUCGACAGACGUGUGCAACUUUAGUCCAAAAGAAAACCUCUGGAGGCUGCGAAAGUGUCUACGCGGAGCUGCCAAGGAAACCGCAUCAGCUCUGCUCAUGAGUGCUGCUUCACCUGAACGCAUAAUGGCUACACUGGAGCUACGUCACGGUGAUCCGGAAUACAUAAUUAGCAGACUAGUGCAGGAUAUUAGAAAGCUGCCGCCUAUGUCUUCAGAGUACCAAAAAGAUAUUAUUAACUUUUCCAUAAAGGUACAAAACUUCGUCGAAGCCGUGAAAGUGGUGGGACGCGAAGAGUACGUCCAGGGACUAAGUAUUGUGCCACUACUGAUAUCUAAACUUCCCACAGUGCUCGUGUCUAAGUGGUCCGAUUUUAGUUACCCGUUAAUCAAAGCUGGAACAAAAUCACGCUUAAGCAUUAUGUCCGAUUUUCUAAAUACGGAAGCUAUGAAGAUAGCUACUACUGCCAAUAUACACCUGCAAGGUCAUCGAUCCGAGCAACAGAAGUCUAAACAACACGAUAACGUUCGACCGCAAGCUAUUUUAUUACAAACCGAACGACAAAGUGGCAAGAAAACCGAUCAGACAGACAAGUGUAAUUUUUGCCGCGCUCAGCCAAAUCAUAAUCUGUCCGAAUGUAAACCGUUUAAGCGGGCAUUACGUAAGGUGCGGUGGCAGUAUGUUAAACGCAAUGGAAUAUGUUUUAAAUGCUUAGAUUCACGCCAUGAGAGAGAAACAUGCCCAGCGCCGGUGUGCGAUAAGGACGACUGCGGAGGGAUGCAUCACAGACUUCUGCACUUCGAUAACAAAAAUCGUCAGGAGGCGAGCGCCGGCGAGGUCCCUGAACCCGCGCCGCGAUCAGCUGAUGCACCUAUACCGGAAGUAGUGAACUGUGUCACCGCGAGUAGCAACAGAGUUGUACUUAAAACUGUUCCCGUACGUAUUCGUGCAAAAAACGGCAAUGUUAUCGAAAGUAGUGCUAUGCUUGACGAUUGUUCUUCAGUGACGGUAAUAAGUGCUAAAUUAGCACAGCGCGCAGGACUUACCGGGUAUCGCGAAUCUAUGCACGUGUGCGGUCCGUGGAAACAAAGUGACGUAACAUGUGAUAGCACGGUGGUGAAGUUAGAGCUUUAUGAUAAAGACAAUAACGUUCAUUCUAUUAGGGCACGAAGUGUUAAUGACUUAUGUUUACCUGAGCAAGAUUUAGCGCCAGUUGAUUGUAGUAAAUAUCAGUAUUUAAAUGCAAUACAGAGCGAACUUAAAAAUGUUGUUACUAAGCCAGAAAUAUUAAUUGGUCAGGAUAAUUACCAUUUAAUUGUGCCAUUGAGAAUAUUGUCAGGCAAAUUAUAUGAGCCGCCGUACGCAACACUUUCUCCAUUAGGGUGGUGUAUUCACGGUAAAAUUCGUGUGUCUGGAGCGACGCGCGGUGCGAGCGCUGGGCCGGUUCACUCCACGCUGCUGGUGGGCGCGCCGCCGAUGACGGCGGGCGACCGGAGCGAACAGCGCGCGCUUCAGGACUUGCACGAAGAGGUACGGCGCGCGUUCGAGCUGGACUCCGUGGGAGUGGCAGGUAAGCCUCGCCAGAACAAGGACGACGUUAGGGCCGUCGAACACCUUGAGCGUACCGCUCAACUCAUUAAUGGAAGGUGGCGCGUGGGCUUACCAUGGAGGGAUCCAGACUGCUCGAUGCCUGACACUCUGCCGCAUGCGCUAAAAAGGCUAAAAGGAGUCGAGCGCAAGAUGGCCAGGGACUCUGAAUAUGCGAAAAGGUAUGCCGAGCGAGUACAACAUUUAUUUUCUAAUAAUUUUGCCAGGGAACUAAUGGACACUCAGCGCACGCCAAAGACAUUUCAUUUGGCUCACUUUGGCGUGGACAACCCUAAUAAAAAAAAGCUAAGGCUUGUCUUUGAUGCAGCAGAUAGUUCCGCGGGUUCGUGUUUAAACGACUAUCUGCUCAAGGGCCCGGAUCUACUGACGUCACUAUGGGGAAUAAUGCUGCGCUUUAGGGAAAAUCGUAUCGCAGUAUCCGGAGACAUAAAAGAUAUGUUCCUACGCAUCCAGAUCCACCCACAAGAUCAAGACGCCCUGAGAUUUCUUUGGCGGGACAACCCUGCGGAACCCGUCAAAACGUACGUAAUGACAUCCCUAAUAUUCGGUGCAAAAUGCUCGCCGUUUGUUGCGCAGUUUAUUAAAAAUAAAAAUGCUCUGCGCCACGAGCACACCGAGCCGGCUGCUGUCGACGCGAUUUGCAACUCUCACUACGCAGACGACUACAUUCAAAGUUUGCCAGACGAGGAGACAGCAAUAAAAAUGGUAGGUACAAUAUCAAAGAUACACGCGGAAGGUGGGUUCGAGAUUCGCAAUUGGACGAGCAAUAGUACAUCUGUGCUCGACAGCGUGCCAAAUGAAACUCUCGGUACUGCUGCUGUAAAGUUUAAAAUGGAUCAGCAGUUCGAGGGCGAGCGGACGCUCGGUCUCAUCUGGUUCCCGGCUACGGACGAACUGGGGUUCGACGUAUCGCUAAAACGUAUUCCUGAGCAGAUUGUUUUAGGCCACCAAAGGCCUACUAAAAGGAUUAUGUUAAAAGUAGUCAUGUCUAUUUUUGAUGUAUUUGGAUUUUUGGCGCCUUUUACCAUACAGGGUAAAAUCAUGCUCCAGGAUACGUGGCGAUCGGCCACUGGCUGGGAUGAAGAAAUUCCCGAUGAUAUCUACACUAGAUGGGUAAAGUGGCUCGAUUUAUUACAAUUAAUAGGUCGCGUGCGGAUACCUAGAUGGUAUCAGAAAGCAACCAUAGGUGCGAGCGAGACGGAGCGAUGUUCCCCCGCUGCAAACAAUACCGGUGCUACGACGAGCGCUACGACGGCUGCUACGCCUCCCGCUACGCCGCGCUCCGGGCCGAAAUCGACUACGAGCGCGAUCGCUGCAAGUGUAGGUAUUAUAAAUAAUUAUAAUAACUUGCAAUUGCAUUUGUUUUCGGAUUCAUCUUCAAAGGCUAUGUGUGCUGUAGCAUAUUGGAGAUGGGAAACAAAUGGGCAGGUUUAUGUAGCCUUUGUUGCUAGUAAAUGCAAGGUCACACCUGUUAAACCGUUGACCAUAAACAGAUGUGAACUUCAAGGGGCUUUACUGGCAGCGAGAUUGGCCGACAGCGUGCUGCGCGAACAUAAGGUAACUACAGCGCAACGGUACUUCUGGUGCGACUCGGCGUGUGUUUUGCAUUGGCUCCGGAAUGAUACUCGCAGCUACAACAUAUUUAUCGCAAACCGGUUGGGCGAAAUAGACGAGUUAUCGCGCGUUAAUGAAUGGCGUUAUAUACCUACGAAGUUAAACAUCGCCGAUGUAGCUACAAGAGAGGCUUAUGAUGACUCCAUAUUUAUGAACGAGUGGUUUUAUGGUCCAGAGUUUCUUCACGCCGACGAAUCGCAAUGGCCGAGUGAUGCGGUGAGCCCUGAAAUAAAUGAACUUACUUUAGAGUAUGUUAAUAUAGUUCAUAGCGAAAGUGAUGACUUACCUGUACCGGACGCCACGCGAUUCUCUUCAUGGCUGCGCUUGCAGAGGGCGACGGCAGCUGUUUUAAAAUUUAUUGACAGGUGCAAACAUCGUUCUGCGGACAUUGACUGCGCGCUGAUGGCGCGAGCUGAACAACUGCUGCUAAAACAAGCGCAGCAGGAGUCAUUCGGUAACGACAUCGCCGCCAUAAGGAAUGGCAACAUUUUGGACCGCAGCAGUAAACUUCGUCAUUUGUCGCCGUUUUUAGAUGAAAAUGGCCUUCUCCGAUGCAGUGGACGCAUAGAUGCCGCACCAGAUGUUGCGCUGGAAACAAAGAGGCCUAUUAUACUGGACGGCAAGCAUGCGGUGUCUAGACUGCUAGUCAGAAGUUAUCACGAAAGGUACGCACAUGGAAACCACGAGGGAGUCGUGAAUGACCUGAAACAAAAGUACUGGUUAUUUAGACUACGUCCGACAGUGAAAUCUGUAGUAGCCGGCUGUAUGUUUUGUCGCAUCAAGAAGGCAAAACCUGAGGUACCUAGAAUGGGAAACUUACCGGAGGCACGUCUUGCGCAUCACCAACGUCCCUUCACGUACUGUGGUCUUGAUCUGUUCGGGCCGAUGGAGGUGACAGUCGGGAGACGCCACGAAUUGAGAUAUGGCGUACUGUUCACUUGUCUUACGCUGCGGGCGAUACACCUGGAACUUGUUAAUUCACUUACCUCGGACUCGCUUAUCAUGGCUCUGCGGCGUAUGGCGGCGAGACGUGGGUGGCCUAAGUACCUAUUCUCUGACAAUGGGACAAACUUACGCGGCGCUGACACGGAGUUAAAAAGAUCACUGCAGGAACUGGAUGUAGAGGACCUGAAAAACAAAGGUGUUAAUUGCGGAGUACAGUGGACUUUUAUUCCCCCCGCCAGCCCACACUGGGGUGGGGCGUGGGAACGUCUGAUUAGGAGUGUGAAGACGUCGUUAAAGGUAAUCCUGAAGGAGCGCGCCCCUAGAGACGAGGUACUGUCCACAUUGAUGACGGAGGUGGAGAAUAUGGUGAAUGGGCGUCCGCUAACCCAUGUCUCCGUUGAGCCUGGCAGCGAGGAGACGCUUACACCUAAUCAUUUUCUGAUUAUGGGGCGAGCGUCAAACUUACCUGUCGUAGGGAACUUUGAUGACUCCGAUCUUUUUUCUCGAAAGCAGUGGCGUAAGUCUCAGAGGCUCGCCGACAUGUACUGGACACGGUGGGUCAAGGAGAUUUUGCCGGACCUCAUACCGAGAACCAAAUGGACCCAAGAGCAAAAGCCACUACAGGUAGGUGAUUUUGUUCUCAUUGUAGAUCCGGCUGCGCAGAGGAACGUGUGGAUAAAAGGCGUUAUCCAGCAAGUCUACCCUGGCAGAGACGGUCGCAUAAGGGUGGUCGAGGUAAAAACUAAGUCUGGAACUUUGAAACGUUCUGCUUCGCGCGUCGCUCGUAUUCCAGUAGGUAUUGAGUGCUGA